UUUGGAGCAGACAACUUUUUCGUUCUUUUUCUGCUUCAAUUUUUCGAAGAAACAUUUGAAAAAUUAAAAAUAAUUAAAAAUAAUGGAUAAGCCAGUUGUAUUAGCUCGCGUGAUCAAAGUUCUAGGACGUACAGGAUCACAAGGUCAAUGUACACAAGUUAAGGUUGAAUUCCUUAACGAUCCAACCCGUGCUAUCAUCAGAAAUGUGAAAGGACCAGUUCGUGAAGGCGAUAUUCUCACAUUACUCGAGUCUGAACGUGAAGCCAGAAGAUUAAGAUAAAUUGCAUAUUCAUGCAUUCAUCUGUAUCUUUAAAAAGUUAUGGCAACAUCCAGAAAACAUCCAAAAACCAAUAAAUUCAAUAUUCCAACUUGAUUGUUAUUAUGGAUUGAAUUCAAUAAAGUGAAUUCGACUUGAGAUAAAACA